UGUCGCGUUGCUGGAUGCAAAAGGAGGACAACGCCUCAAACACGGCUUUCCAGUUCGCAUUUUAGCAUAAAAAAAAAUAAAAUUUGACUUUCUAACAUGGAAGAACCAAAAAGAGCAACUUCGAAUAUGCUGAUCUGCCUGAAGCCGAAACUGUAGAACUCCAACUUUCCCUCUCUCUCUCUCUCUCUCUGUGCCCAAAAGGAUCGAAAUUUUAGAUGGAUCAAAUUCAACACAAAUUCAUUGAAGUCAAAGGCCUCAAGCUCCACGUUGCUGAGAUCGGCUCUGGUCCCAAUGUAGUCCUGUUCUUGCAUGGAUUUCCGGAGAUAUGGUACUCGUGGCGGCACCAGAUGGUGGCCGUGGCGGAAGCUGCGUUUCGUGCGCUAGCACCUGAUUUCAGAGGCUACGGGUUGUCUGAUCAGCCACUUGAACCUGAAAAGGCCUCCUUUAGUGACCUUAUUAAGGAUCUUGGUGCAUUGCUUGAUGCACUAGGCGUUGAUAAGGUGUUUCUUGUAGGUAAAGACUUUGGAGCUGUUCCUGCUUACUUGUUUUCCCUCCUCCACCAAGAGAGGGUUCGAGGAGUCGUGAGCCUAGGAAUUCCGCACACCGCUCUCCCAGUUAUCCCCUCAUAUCAUGAGCAUCUCCCUGAAGGCUUUUACGUGUCAAGAUGGCAGGAACCUGGACGUGCAGAAGCUGAUUUUGGGCGCCUCGAUGCUAAGACAGUUGUGCGUAAUAUCUACAUACUCUUUUCGAGAAGUGAGAUACCAAUUGCCGCAGAGAACCAAGAGAUUAUGGAUAUAGUCGAUCCAUCUACCCCUCUUCCCCCUUGGUUUACAGAAGAAGAUCUUGAAGAGUACAGUUCUCUAUACCAGAAGUCAGGUUUUCGCACUGCAUUGAAAAUUCCUUAUAGGUCGUUUAAGGAGGACCAUGGAAUAACGGAUUAUAUCAUUAAAGUCCCAACACUCUUGGUCAUGGGAGAGAAGGAUUAUGUGUUCAAAUUUGCAGGCAUGGAAGAGUACAUCAGGAGCGGAAAGGUCAGAGAAUUUGUUCCCCAGCUGGAGAUUGUAUUUUCGCCAGAGGGAACGCAUUUUAUCCAGGAGCAAUCACCGGGUGAGGUGAAUCGGCUCCUUCUUGAUUUCCUUAAGAGGCAUAUUUGAUAAACACUAACAGAAGGCAAUAGGUUGUCAACAUUCACCAUUAAAAAGAGAUGUUUGUGAACCAAAUUCUCUGCAUAUUGCAUAUUUCUAAGCAAGAGAUCUUUUUGUUUGCACAAAAUACUUCUCAAUAAUCAUGGAUUCCAUCAAUAUUCACUUUUUUGCGUCACUCAAGUGAAUCAUUUGCCACUACAAAGAAGCUGCGUGUGUUGAUGUGAAGAAAACUCUGGGAAAACAGAUCUGCAGGAUGUGUAUUUGGGGCAGAGGAAUAAAUGAGUGCUGGUGCAGAAAUCUCACUUACAGAGCUUUUCUGCUUAAGAUGGCAAGUAAAAGAUGGACGUCAUGUGGUAACGAUCUUAUGAACUGCUGGGAUAGUUUCUGCAACCACUUUUCUGUUUGCCAACAAAGAGAAACUAUCCAGGGGGUUUGAGAUUCACUGUUGCAGUCUGCAUCUUCAAAUUUGCAGUUGUUAACUUGCUGAACAAGUUACUAAGGUGACUGUAUCCUGUUGGACUCAA